AUGGACCACAGAAACUUGGAAUAUUGGAUGCAGGCCAGGACUUUCAAUUGUAGGCAUGCAAGAUGGCGUAUUUUCCUAAGCAACUUCAAUUUUGAAAUCCACUAUUGCCUGGGGAAACAGUCAGGAAAACUGGAUGCCCUAUCAAGGAGAUCAGACUACAAAGACAUAGCUCAGGGUCCAGAAAUAAUGCUACCCCUGGAAAUGUUUGCCAACAUGGGAAUGUCAGAAGAGGAACUUGAAAUUGUGAUGGGAAUCCACGCCAAAUUAAAGGAAGACCCAUCACUGGAACUCAUUAUCCAGUUCCUUACAGAAGACGCAGACAAUGCCCCCCCUUCAAUCAGAAAAGCCUACUGGGACUACAACUGGGAGGAAGACUUACUUUGGUACCAAGGAAAACUGGUAGUCCCUGACAAUAAGGCCAUGAAAGAGAAGCUCCUUAGAGAAUUCCACAACUCACCCCUGGCAGGACACCCAGGUCAACAGAGAACCCUCAAACUCCUAAGUUGCAACUACUGGUGGCCAGGCAUGAAGUCAUCUGCCAAGGAGUGGGUGGACUGUUGCCCCACCUGCCAAGCCAACUGGAGAGCCCAUGCACCAGUAAUUGCUCUGAAGCCCUUGGAAGUUCCCCCAUUUCCCUUCCACACAAUCUCCUACAAUUUUAUCACAGGAUUCCCCAAGUUGCAAGGAUUUGAUACAAUUCUGGUAGUCAUAGACUCCUUCUCCAAAUUUGGCCACUUCAUCCCAACAACUAAGAAAUUGUUGGCCAAGGGCCUAGCAGAAUUAUUUAUCUCACACAUCUGGAAACUGCAUGGAUUACCAGUAAAAACAAUUUUGGACAGAGGGACUACGUCCACAGGGAAAUUCCUCAGGGCACUGUAUCAAUGCCUUGGGGUCAAGCCAGCCUUCUUGUUGGCCUACCAUCCAGAAUCCAACAGACAAACAGAGAGGGUCAAUCAAUUCAUUGAGUUCUACCUCAGGUUGUAUGUAGCAGCAGAUCAUUUGGACUGGGCCACUUGGCUACCACUAGCAGAAUAUGCAUACAAUAACGCCAAGCAUGCUGCCACAGGGAGAACUCCAUUUGAACUAGUCUAUGGAAGGAACCCAGUCAUGAACCUGUCCAACAUCCCAGCAAAUGUCCCAGAAGCCAACCAUGUGGCUGAUACCCUUGGCUGUGAAUGGAAGGAGGCAGAAUCCGCCCUACAAAUGACAAAGGAAAAAAUGGCAAGAACCAAAGGCGUAAUCCCAGAAUUUUCUAUUGGAGAAAAAGUAUGGCCAGACGCUGAAAAUGUUGAAAUUUGGUCAAACUCCAACAAGCUAGACCCCAAGCGCCUAGGGCCGUUCAAAAUCACCAAGAAAAUCUCCAGUCAUGUGUACCACCUGGAACUCCCUGAAACCCUGAAAAUCCACAAUGUCUUCUACAUAGGAUUACUUUCCAAAAGCCACAAGUCACCAAGCCAGCCAUUUCCAGACCAACCCCCUCCUGAAACAAUAGAAGGGGAAGAAGAAUACAAGGUGGAACAAAUCAUUGACUCAAAAAGGCAGAAGGGAAAAUGGUUCUACCUGAUCAAAUGGAAAGGAUAUGGCCCAGAAGACAACUCAUGGGAACCAGAAGAACUCCUGGAACACAGCCAAGAAGAAAUUCAAUGCUUCAACCAGGCUAGACUUAAAAAGGCUUGUGACGCCGCCAAGAGCCUUUAA